AUGUCGGGCCGGGCGAGUGGCGCUGCGGCGGUGGCGGCCCCGGUGCUGCCCGCCGCCGCUUCGCCGGUGGUGGUGGCGGCGGCGGCCAAGGAGAAGCGCUCCUUCAGCAAGCGGCUGCUCUUCCGGGGCCGGGUGGGCGGCGGCGGCGGGUCCGGCACUGGGGGCUCGGGCUCCUCCUCCUCCAGGUCGCUGGGCGGAUUCAUGAGCCGCGUGCUGAAGACGCUCUCGACGCUCUCCCACCUGGGCACCGAGCACGGGCCCGCCGCCACCACCGCCCGCCACGGACACCCCCCCGGCGGCAGCAGCCUGGGCCGCUGCUUCCAGCCCAGCCCGGAGCCCGAGCCGCCGCCUCCCCGUCGCCGCCGCCGCCGCCUCCGCAGCCUCCCGCCACCCAGGAGCUGAUCUCGCCGCCGCCACCGCCGCCGGGCUCCUCGGCGGGGUCGCUGCUGCUGCCGGCCGUGCCCGGCGUGGCGGGGCUGCGCAACCACGGCAACACGUGCUUCAUGAACGCCAUCCUGCAGUGCCUCAGCAACACCGAGCUCUUCGCCGAGUACCUCGCCCUCGAGCAGUACCGCGCCGCCAACGCCGCAGAAGCCGGGGACGGAGGCAGAGGCGCCGGCGGAGAGGAGGAGGAGGAGGAAGAGGAGGGCGGCGGCGGCGAGAGGGACGUGCCAGCCGUGGCCCCCGCCCGCCCGCCGGAGCCCGCCCCGGACAACUGCAAGGGCGAGGUGACGGAGCAGCUGUCGCACCUAGUGCGGGCCCUCUGGACGCUCGAGUAUACGCCGCAGCACAGCCGGGAGUUCAAGGUGAGGGGCUCUCCCGCUCCUCUGCCGGCUCCUAGCAGCCCCUCCGCAGGGGAAGCAUCUAAUCUGGCCAGGGUCCCCUUUUCAGAAGCACCAAGAGCAACAGCAAGGCCAGUGCAUCGAGACCUGCAGCACCUAAAAAUAAUCAUCAGAUGCCCUGCUUGCUUGGAAGGCAUGCUGCGCUGUGACCUGGGUGCUCUUGGCAAAGGUGUCAUUCCCUUGGGUUAGAGCUGACAUUGAGACUGUAAGCUCUUUGGGGCAGGGAGGUGCAUUGGUUGUUCUUAGGAAGCUCCCUCACUGGCACUGAUGGCAGUGUGUUAAUGAUUUGUGGUGGCUUCCAGAGGUGGUAUAUUCCAGCUUCACAGGUACAGGUGCUGAGAUCUGGCGGUGGAAAAGUGAUACCUUUGUUUAAUUCCUAGUUCUAGUCGGCACCCCAACUUAAGGUGCCUCUAUCAAUCAGUACUUGCAUAGAUGAUUUUUUUCUUUCUAUGUAUAGGCUGGCUGAAAGGAAACCUCUGAGCAGAUGCAGAGUGCCAUUUGUGAUAACUGUAGUUUUCCUUCUGUUCCAGGGGUGAGCUCUGAGGAUUCUUGACUCAUAUUAAGACCGGCAGUGAAUGAAGAAUAGCAGAAAAUACCUGUUUGGAAUCUCCUUCAGGUGUUAUCUGCAAUUCUUAUUGAGUGAGAUGAGAGAAACAGUUCCGUUUACAUCAUUUAAAUAUGUUACUUGUUGGAUCAACUUCCAUAGGAGGGUAUAAAGUUUGGAGUUGCACAGAGAAUUCUGUCAUACCGAAUAGAGGAGGGGCUACUUCCUAGGAUCAUAAGAGUUGGACUCCCACCCGGCUUAGUUCAGGAAUCUUCACCAUUCCUGGCAUAUGGGUGGCCAUCCACUGCUUAAAUGCCUCAAGUGUGGGAGAACCCACCAGCUGCUCCCCAGUAGCCUUUUGUGUUGCAAUAUUUCUUUUAAUGCUCAGUCAAAAUUUGCUUCCUUGCAGUUUCUACCUAUCAGUUCUAGUCCUGCUCUGUGGAGCAACAAAGAAUGAGUUUGUUCCAUCUUCUUCAUGGCAGAAUGUUCAGGUAUUUAGCACUGGUAUGAUUCUUAGUUAAACACACGUGUUUCUGGUAGUUCAUAGAUAGUAGCCCUGAUUCCCUCUCUGCAUAGAACCUUGGAAGCAGCCCAGUGCUGAAUUAGGUUAUUGGUUCAUCUCACUCAGUAUUGUCUACACUGACUGGCAGUGGCUCUUCUGGGUCUAAGGCAGGAGACGUUCUCAGCCCUACCUGGAGAUGCUGGGGGUUGAACUGAAGAGGUCCUUCUGUAUGCUAACCAGAUGUUCUACCUCCUAGCUGCAACCUUUCCCCAAAGGCACAGCAUCCUCUGCAGGCUUUGGUCUUGGCUGUGUAGAGAGCUGUGACUAGUGAGUUAGUUCAUGCCCAAGAUCCCUAAAAACUUGUUUGGAAAGAUAAGUUUGGGGUGUGUAUCAGAAAGAAAGAGACAUACAUGCUAGUCAGUACUCCUGGCUUAUGAAUAACACCUGAUAAAUGAUGCUUCAUAGUUGACUCUUAUCAUACCAAGACCCUGCCUAUGACUGUGAUGCCUACUCUGCCUUCUUUUAAUAUUGGGUGAUGGAAAAACUUCACACAGCUCUGUUGUCAAUUGGGUUUUGUUUUUUUGAGGCAAAGCUGGUGGCUGCCUUGUUAACUCAAAUUGGAGACAAGUAAUUCUAUAGCAGGGACAUGGGUGACGCUGUGGGUUAAACCACUGAGCCUAGGACUUGCCGAUCAGAAGGUCGGCAGUUCGAAUCCCUGCGACGGGGUGAGCUCCCGUUGCUCAGUCCCUGCUCCUGCCAACCUAGCAGUUCGAAAGCACACCAGUGCAAGUAGAUAAAUAGGUACCGCUCCGGCAGGAAGAUAAAUGGCAUUUCUGUGCGCUGCUCUGGUUCGCCAGAAGCGGCUUAGUCAUGCUGGCCACAUGACCCGGAAGCUGUACGCCGGCUCCCUCGGCCAAUAAAGCGAGAUGAGCGCUGCAACCCUAGAGUUGGCCACGACUGGACCUAAUGGUCAGGGGUCCCUUUACCCUUUACCUUUAAUUGUAUAGGAACAAUUGAUCUAGUCUUGUUUCCUACUUACCCUUUUGGUAGAUGACAAGCAGUGCAAUCCUAAGCAUGCCUACUCAGAAGUAAACCCUAUUUAAUUCAAUGUGACUUACUCUUAGUUAAGUGGGGGUAGGAGUUCAGCCUUAGUAAGCAAAGUUCUGGGUUGGAAAAUGGUUGGGAUUGGUCAACAGAUUAGUCAUUUAUUUUCUCUUGAUUUUUUUUUUCAGGGUGGGGGGCUGCUCUUCCACUUUGUACCCUCUGGUCAUGGAUGAGGCUUCCUGGCUGCUCAACAAGGGCUGCUUAGAAUGGACCUUGCUUCCAGGGUACUGUUUGUUUAUGAUUUGGUGCUUGGGACAAUGAGGAGAUUGUUCAUUGCUUGUUUUUAAUGAUUGGAUCAGGAGAAUAUGGAACACUUUUCAGCAGAGCUGCUUCUCUUUUAAUCUCAUGAUGUUGGAAAACAAGUGGGGUGCCAGGUUUCAGGAGGCCACCCACUGUUUACAAGAGCCAAGAGUCUACUGUUGUGUGCAAGAAAAGAGGGAGUCCGGGUUUGUCCCUUGCAAACUAUGAGGUCAAAUUGCCAUAAACAGUGGAUCUAGUGCAGCUAUACUGGUUCAAGCUCAACAAGGCCUGUUAAUGUUCUCAGUGGAUUGCUGAGAUUUUGAAAAGGGCGUAACUGUUUGUGUGAUAUUUGCCAUUUCUUAGAGUGAAUUGAUUCAGUCUUGUUUCAGCAAUUUCGAUCACCAGUGGAAGAGACUUACUUAAAUUAUUAUUCUAACAUUUGUUCUAAUUGUUUCAAAAACAACUUUGAUCAUGUUGUAUUUCAGAUUUUUCCUUAGAAAGUGUGUUUAUUUGUGGUUGCCAGCAUUAAACCUCACAGAAGCAGAGUUUUUGCACUUUCUAGCAUUAGUUGUCGAAAUACUUGCACAGAUCCCAUAUGGGGGAGGAGAACAACUGUGAAAUUAAUAAAAGAGGAGGAAUCCAUGUUGGUUCAUUGUGGGCAAUGCCUUUAUUAAGACCAGCCAAAAUGUCAUAAAAUAGUGAUCAUGCUAUUAAGGGAUUAAUUACUCUCUACUUCUGGGUACACAUGCAAGGGUACUUGUCAAUACCUUUUUGCUUGAAGAUUUAUUUGAAUAGGUUUGAACAUUGAAUAUUUCCUCCACUUACUGUGUGCCCUAGCUGCCUACCAGGGAUGGGACAUAAUGUGUUUCUUAGGCAGUUCAUGGGUGCAGCCGUUGCACCAUGGAUAUUGUAACAUGGCUCACUCUGCCUACAGAAUGGCUGCAGUUAUCAGCCAAUAGCCACUGGGAUUAUUUAUGGUUCUUGCCAGGAUGCUCUGGGACCUACUGUGUUAAUGGGCAGGCUGUUAAAUAAACUGUGUUAAGGGCUCAAGCUGGCCAGUUCCUCCCCUCUUCCUUUUAGCUGACACCAUUGACAUUCUGUGGCUCAGCUGCCCUCAGCUUUCCGAAGGUCCUGGAAGCUCAUUGCGCCCUGUUGCUUUAUUCUUAUCAAACUAAUACACUGCAGUUAUCCUCCUGAGUAUGAAGGAAUCCUUACCUUGUUUUUCUACCAAACUGGUGGGCAUGGAAAUAACCAUCCCGGUCACAUUUAAACAAAACCCACAGAUUUCUAUCCAAACUGUUCCUUCCUGAAGCUUUAGAAUGGCACCAAAUUUGACAUGGUGUUUUGAGCAGGAAUGGUGACUGUUGUUAGGUUGCCUGGGGAAGAGAUAGUUGCUGCUUAGAGCCUGGUGACAACUUAAAGGCUAACAUGUUUAUUGUAGCCUAAGCUGGUGAAGUGGGCUUUCUGCUUGGUCUUUAAGGAGCCACAAGAGUUUGGGAUGUUGGCUGCAGCAGACCAGCAUGGCUGCUACUCUGGAAACAGCUGUUCAGAGGCUUCACCUUCAUGUGGUGCUUUACUUUCUUAGGAUCUUCCUGCUGAAGACGGGGAGCAAUUUAUUCUUGGAAACAGAACUGAAAGGCAGUUUCUAACCAUAAAGGAUGGAUGAGUGGAUGAAUGAAUAAAUAGAGAGGAAAAAAGAGGAAACUGAUCUUACUUUAUCUCGGGGGAAAUAAUCUGUCUGGUUUUUCUCCAAAGAGCUGAAACAUGGCAGUCAUGCUACUAGCCAGGGUGGAUAAAAAUAAUUUCAAAAAAAGUGAUAAGAUUUUUUCCUUGAUAAGCAUUUCCCUUUUAAGAAUACUCUAAUGUAAAAUCAAAUGUAAAUGUAAUGUAGACUCAGCUUGUGACAUUUAAGAAACGUCAUCAAAUCUGCUUGUAAAGAAAGAACUGGAAGGUGAUAGAUACCCUUGCUGGUCAUUGUGCAGCACAAUUGUUUGUGCACUUAUUAAGGCUUGAUUAAAGCUCAGCAGGAAAGCCAGCCUUAGCCUGUGGGCUAGUGCUAGCUUUCUUGGCACUGAAGUGAAUCUUUUGUGACUUUCUGUAAUUCUGGGUUUCCAGUUUUUGGAGGGGGACAGCAGUUUUGUUACCACAGAUUCUAUGGUGUCUGCUUUAUGUUUAUUGUAGCAACUUUGAAUAUUUAGUGGAGCUUUUAAACUAUUAAAUACGGUUCACAAGGUCAGAAACUCAAGUGGGCAUUUGCUGUAUCAAUGGUGAUAGGUCUUAUGCAGGGUCCCCACUGGUUUGCUGAAGCUGCAUCACAGAAAUAGUUACCGCGCUUGAACCAAAUGCACAAGAAGAAGAUGGAUGAGAAGAGGUUCAUGGCACUGUGAACUUUAAAACUCUUUAAGGUCUUUGCGGCUACAGAAUAUUGGCACAUUGAAGCCUGUUAUGUGCUCCAGUCAGUGGCUGGAUGCUCGACCACUUCUUUCUUCUCUUUUUGAGGAAGCUGGUUGCCUGUAGUGGUGGAAUUUUGCCACUUCCACCUUGAGCAGUUGGUUGUGGGGUGCUUUCCUUCUCAGGAGACAGCAGCUGUAGCUGUGGUUGGGAGGUACAUUCUUUCCACACUUCCUUGCCUGCCGGCCUCCUUACUCAUGCUGCUGCCCCCCUCCUGCUACUGUUCCCCACCAGGAGGAGGAGGAGGAGGAGAUGGCGGCAGUGAUUACAUGGUGAGCCUGGCGGGCUUUAGCACAUACCAACAUUAUAUUUCUUCACAUGUUACACAACUGCACGUACAUCAGGAAACAGAGCUAGAAGCAUGGCUUUAGUACUGGGCCUUGUUACCGUAGACCUGUGCGUUGCCUACAUGUCCUUUUUAUUUUGUGCUGUUCCCCUUGAGAGGAGGAGGGAGGAGAGGAUGUGCAGUCCUCCUAGCAAAGGAGUGGAAGCCCCUUUUAAACUGUUCAGGAGAAUGCUGCCAAAGAAUGGCUUCUCUUUCCAUUUCCAGGGUGCCUCUACCCAUAUGGAAAGCUGGAUAGUUUAUUCUGUUAGGAGGGUAGCUUCUGUAUGUCAUAUGCUGGAGCAAAAUGAGAGUCUUGUAGUAAUGUAAAGUCUAUCUAAUUUAUUAUGUCAUGGACUAGAAAGCCUCUGCCGUAUUAAAUUUGUUAGUCUUUCAGGUGCUAUUAAGGCUCUCUUGUUGAGCUGGUUUCCUUCUCAGUGUGGCAGGAGCAGGGAAGGAGCGAAGUGCCUGCGGUUGAAUAACCAUGUACCAGCAACUGCUUGUUCACACUAAUCCAUAGUUUGUUUUAAAUAUGGUUUAAUGUGAUGUGCUAACUAGAACACUAUGUGGAAAGCAGAUGGGAAUACGGUUCAUUAUUUAAUUGAAUGUUAUCAUUUUGUAAUGAAUGGAGUCCCUGAAUGAACAAUGCAAAACUAAAAUACAUGGUCCUGGAAAAUGCUUACAGUAAUUGUUAUUACUGUUACUUCCUUUUCCCUUCUAAAUGGAGAUCAGGUGUGUGGAAUGUCUGGCCCUCCAGAUGUUGCUGAACUACAGCUCCCAUUAUCGCAUGCCAUUGUCCAUGCAUGUUGGAGCUGAUGGCAGUUGCCGUUCAGCAACACCUGGAGGGCCAAAGGUUCCCCACCCUUGACGUUGAAUUGUUACUCUGGUUCUGCUCCUCUGGCUUUGUUGAAGUUGGCCAAGCCAAGAGGGUGCACUUGGUUUUUCUGUAGCCAGGUAGCUUUGCAAGGUUGUCAGGAGUAAAAUGGGCUUCCCUCUCAUAAGUGAAUAGGGCUGUUGAAUGAAUAAGAAUUUUGUUUCCUGUAUUGUCAUUGUCAAAGUCUGUUUCAAAAGGCUCCUUUUUGCAAGACAAGAUUGCUUUAACCUCCCUGUCUUUGUCAGCUAUUUCAGUCAGCUGUAUUCUGCCUACCUAAACAUUUUCUUGGUCUUUUCAGUUGGAUACAGAGAAGACUCCAAUUCCUGCCCUGAAUUUGUCGGUAGCAGCUACAUAUGUGCCUCUUUGUAUGCAAGAAUGAGGGAGAUUCCUGUAGCUCUGUGUAAUAAGCACAUCGGUUUCCUCUUGAAUGGUCUUCCUCCAUAGGCUGCAGGUGGCUUAUGUUUUAAAAGUUCUACAUACAGAUUUCCCUCCCCCAGUGCAAGUUCUAUCAUUCUAUCUGUGAAACGGAAUCAAAUAAAGAAAUAAACCCCAUCACCUGUUUUUAGACCCUUUGAAGUUGAACCCCUUUCUAAAAAUGCCCUUCAUGAUCUUGUUUAAUAGAGAGUUCAGAAAUGUUUGAUCCGUGCGUCUAGCUGCAUGGGGAUCUGCGGAUCUGUGGAUUGGAGCAAACAGAUACCAAAGACCCUAACAGCCACUGCAAGUGUCAGCUUAAGUGCUUGACAAGCAGUGGCCCUCGUGGAUGUGGGUCACAGAAUGCAGGAUGAGGUCCUUAUGGAUUUUAAACCACACAUCUAAUGGAGAGGCAAAUAUGAAACUUAAAGGGCUCAUUAUAAUAAAUAAACCCCGAUCAUCAAUUUUUGUCUCCUCGAGUGCUGAGAGAGGAGGCGAGUCUGAUUCUGAUUUGGGUCAUACUUCGUUUUAUGUACACUUUUGAUUGCUUUCAUAGGAUUAACUGUAUACAUUGUUUGUCCAGGCAUGUUCCUGUGCUUAACAGUUGGCAAAUUCUGUGAUUGAUGGGAUUGUAUUUGCUUACCAACAGGUUAGCAAACUAUUGUUUAGAUGUUUCAGUAAACAUACUGGUUAAUGCAGAGAUUGGGAACUGCAGGCGAAGCAAGUAAUUUAUUGUUUUAAAGUACCUUUUUAAAGGGACGCGAGUGGCGCUGUGGGUUAAACCACAGGGCCUAGGACUUGCUGAUCAGAAGGUCGGCGGUUCGAAUCCCCGCGACGGGGUGAGCCCCCGUUGCUCGGUCCCAGCUCCUACCAACCUAGCAGUUUGAAAGCACGUCAAAGUGCAAGUAGAUAAAUAGGUACCGCUCCGGCGGGAAGGUAAACGGCGUUUCCGUACGCUGCUCCGGUUUGGCAGAAGCGGCUUAGUCAUGCUGGCCGCAUGAUCCAGAAGCUGUAUGCUGGCUCCCUUGGCCAAUAAAGCGAGAUGAGCGCCGCAACCCCAGAGUCGGUCAUGACUGGACCUAAUGGUCAGGGGUCCCUUUACCUUUACUUUUUACCUUUUUAAAAAAAUAGAAAGCAACUUUCUCUAAUAGUUUCCUGUCUUGAACGGUCUGUAAACAAUGCACAGGGUAAGAGUUCCUGGAUUAAUAGUGGAAAACUGCAGUUCCACCCCGGGGCUCAGGGGUUCUCAGUAAACUCCUGCAAAUAUUCUAUGGUAGGAUGUAAAAAGUUUAUCUUGCAAUCUUUAGGCAGGUAGCAGUGGAAGUGUGUAGCUUGUCAGGGUUGACCCCAAAAAUUCUGCUUCCCAAGGGGAACUGUCCAUGCUUGCCCCCCACAUGAGAGCAGCAGGCCUGCACCUACCAGCCUACUCUGCCUAAUGGUAGGGCUGGUCUUGGGGCUUGUAGCAGAAUAAUAUGAGACUGACAGUGCCUUCAUGUGGGAUCCUGCAGUGGUUUAACAGUUUGAGGCUCUCCUUGUUGUUCCCUGUCGUUCUUCCCUUUGCUCCUUUGGGCACCUUUGUCAUGCCGCUGCCAGUGUACCUCAUCCUGCUUUCCCGGGCUAAAACAGGGAGGCAGAGGGGUUUACUGUUUUGCCAUCACUUGAUCAAGGAGCUUGGGUAUCUUGGCCAAGCGUCAGCCGAGAAUGCCCCCCCUGGGGCAGUGGUGUGCUGCUGGUUUUACAUGGCAUGCUCUCCGGGUAUUCUGAGAAUACAGCAGCCUCCCCGCACUCUUCCUCAGAGUUGGAAAGGGAAAGGGACUUCCACAGAGUUGUCAGGGCUGUUGCUUCCCACCUUUGCAACCCUUGUGUUCUUAUGUAUUUUAAUUACAGUGGUACCUCAGGUUACAUACGCUUCAUGUUACAGACGCUUCAGGUUACAGACUCCGCUAACUCAGAAAUAGUGCUUCAGAUUAAGAACUUUGCUUCAGGAUGAGAACAGAAAUUGUGCUCCGGUGGUGCAGCAGCAGCAGCUGGAGGCCCCAUUAACUAAAGUGGUGCUUCAGGUUAAGAACAGUUUCACGUUAAGAACAGACCUCCAGAACGAAUUAAGUACUUAACCCGAGGUAGCACUGUACUGUUUUUAACUGGAUUUUUUUUUAUUGCUUCUGUUUUGUAACAUUGUUUUUAAAUGUUGCAAGCGGCCUUGAAUCCCAAAGUGGGAGAAAAUGCGGGAUAUAAAUAAUAAUGCAGUAACAUCAAAGAUGAGAAGAAGGCUCAGCUUGUGACAGCAGCUCCCUUGCCUGAGUGAAUGUGGUAGACAGAGGUGUAGGUGCUUGAGAUCCUGACAGUCUCUUUGAGGAGGCACAAGCGUUUGGGACUUUAUGCCAGAUUAGCUUGGAAAUGGGCAGGAAUCGAGGGUCGUCAUGGGGAGGGUCAGGACUUAGUCAGGAUCCUAAGCUGCCUCAGACCCUGUCUCUGCCCUGCCAGUGAGUGAAUAUGAGGCUGGCAAAAGAGGUGGCAUAAGCUGAAGUAUUUCCUCUGUGGAGAGACAGAAAAUGCUGACUCCUGACCACCCACACCUAAUUGCUGCUCCGCCGAGCAGUUUGCAGGGGGGCAACUGCUGCUCUGACUUAGAUGGGGCUGGUUUAGUUAAGUUGUGCCUGUAGAUCUUUCCCUCCUUCUUGGGUUGGAUAUGUUGAGAGUUAAAAUGCUUUUUAUGCUUUCACACAGUACACAGUAUUUAUGGUUUUUAAGGCAGUGCAAAAACAAAGAGGAAUUGGUGCUAUUUUAAUAGAGACGGCAAAUGUACAACUUCAGGUAUGUGCAAUAAACAUGCAACUACUUGUGGUAGUGGUGGAUUCCAGAUUCAUGUUUGCUUAGACUCCCUAAAAACUUGAUACAGUGGUACCUCGCAAGACGAAUGCCUUGCAAGAUGGAAAACUCGCAAAACGAAAGGCUUUUUGGUUUUUUGAGUUGCUUCGCAAGACGAUUUUCCCUAUGGGCUUGCUUCGCAAGACGGAAACGUCUUGCAAGUUUGUUUCCUUUUUCUUAAAACCGUUAAUACAGUUGUGACUUGACUUCGAGGAGCAACUCAUAGCACUGCGAUGUGGUAGUCUUUUUGAGGUUUUUGAAGACUUUGGUGAUUUUGAAGCUUUUCCAAAACUUUUCCGACACCGUGCUUCGCAAGACGAAAAAAACCGCAAGACGAAAAAACUCGCGGAACGAAUUAAUUUCGUCUUGCGAGGCACCACUGUAUUGAUAUCUAGGGUCUUUCACUAUUUCCUGCUUUCCAUGCAAUUUAUACAAAAUCUCUUGGAUUGCUUUAGUUAACGCUAGUGGUUAUUCUUUCUGCUUAGAGCUAAAUAAAAAACACAAACCCAUAACCACCUGAGAUACAUUGUGUGGAGCAAGAGUUAUGUGCAGAAUGCAAGCUAACUUCAUCCGGCGACCUUGCUGACAAAGCAGAAAGGGGGGGGGGUGUACAAGGGUCUGAAGGGCACUUGAUCAUGUUACAUGUUUAGGAAUGGGGCCUAGUCCUGCUCUCCUUUGCUCAUUCCCACUUUUUGGCAGACACUGCUUGUCGAGGCCUGUGCUUAUUCCCGAGUUCCAAUUAAUUGCCAAGGAGCCAGUGUGAUUUCCAUCAACAUUUGCAUCUCUUGACUAGACAGCCUUUCCGGCUUGUUGGGGUAGACAGAGGCAGUUUUUCUGUUGGGUUCUUAAGGUUAAACUGCCUGUGUGAAUGCACCCCGUUGUGAUUUCCUUGUUCUCCUUUGAGUGUUACCAGAUCUGUUCCUUGCAGCCGGCCUCUUCUGACUGCUCAGCAUUUUUCUGCAUGAGCAGUGCUACCUUCCCCCUCUUGUUUGUGGCUGUGUGGCAGCACAAGGCUUUUUUCUGCCCAUCAGUCCUCUUUCCUCACUGAGAAAUGUGGGAUGGUGACAAGCACUUACUGUGUAUUCAGGAGGGGAAGCUCCGUGGUGCCUUUUGCUGUCUCCUUCCAGCUUGAGCUGCUGCCUGCCCCUGUGGCUAAGCAGCGGGUGCCACAAUUGGGCCGGGUGGGAUUUUUCAGAGCUGCCUGAGGAUUUUCCAGCAAAAUAACAAGAAGGGGGAUAUCUAGGUUGCCUGGUGGUUCUGAAAAUCCCUCUGCACCCGCCGCCUUAAAUCUCCUCAGCUGACCUACAUUAUGGCUUGCUAUUCUACCUGCUUGAGUGAGCCCAUGGCUAUACUAUUAUGCCUGAUUUCAUGCUUACAAAAGCCAUCUGUCUGUCCUUCAGCAGAGGUCUCUAGGGUGGGAGCCGUUUUCACCCGGGGUGUGGUGGUGCUUUACAUGGGAGAUGGCUUCUUUUUAAUAAUCUUUUAUAUUUAUAUCAUAGUGGUUCCUCUUGUUUUGCAGUUGUAAGCCUCCUGGGGUGUUGAGCCAGACUAAAAUUCAGGAUGGAUUCUUGCCAGGGAAGCCAUAAACUCAAUCAAUACAGUGACAAAAUCUUCAAAUUCCAUUUUGUCUGUGUACUUAAGUAAUGCCGGUCACUGUGUCCGUGCUCCAGGAUGGGGGUGGUGCAGGGAGGAGUCUCCCUGUAUCAAUUCCUUGUGAGUGUGGCAUUGGGGCAUUGCAGCAGGGUUCAAAGCUGAUUGCCCUGAGUUACUCCCAUGGAAAGAUAGCUCAGCUGGUUGGGGUGUGGUGCUGAUAACACCAAGGUUGCGGGUUCAGUCUCCUCUCCUCAUUGUCAUCUGAGCACAAGAGUGUCUGGAUUAUCAUUUCGCUGAAUGCAUACCGUGCUGAAUGUUGAGUGGUUGGCAAAACAGCAUCCACUACAGCCUUCUUUUGCAGCCUAACUUGUUGCAGCUGAAACAAGAUUUGGUGUAGGCCUUCUACACAAGGCUGUUUUACUUUGAAGUUGAACCAGCAGGGGGUAGUACAUGCAAACAAUGUAUUCCACUAUCAGUCUUAAGUUGUUGGGGGCUUUGCCUUUAGUGGCUUACUGGACCAGUUUCAAGAAGGACCAGAUCCAUGGGAAGUUUUUCUGUCCUUAUGGCCUGUGUGAUCCAAUACUUGAACGCUUGAUCAGUAGACAGAUCCAUUAUGACAUUGUCAGUCAGUGAAGAGGCUCUCAAGUUGUGAGUUUGGUUAAUGAAGAAUCAAUGUCAAGUUCUGUAGCAGUGUCUUAACAUCUUGUCAAUGUUACCUGUCCACUUGCUGUUAGACAAGGUCUUUUCAUUGAGUGCUGGAUCAACUGUCAUGGGGUAACUCGUUGGUGUGGAGGGCACAAACCAACCCGAUCAGCUUACAACCAAGCUUGAUCUCUACCCAAUGCAUAGUACUACCCUCUGAGCCAGAUUUGUAGAAUCACCUUCAGUGGCCUUCAGACUCUCAUCAAUGCUGCUCUUCUUAAUGAAAUCUACAAAAUUAUUAGCAAAAACUCCAGCCUUUUUCCAGUGUGAAGUGGUAGAGGUACCUUCCACCUGGCUCACUGCACACAUAUUAAUUCUGUUCUGAGAUGAUGCUUGGGAACCGCUGAUCUGAAUUGUCUGCUUUGAGUGUAGCUUUAGUUGUAUCUUCCUGGCUGUCAAAGAAGAUGCUGUCAAUUUCAUCCUUCUGACAAAGGUAAUCAGAUUCUUGAUCCAGGGAUUUCAUAACUUUUUCUUGGCCCUCUUGACUUUAUUGUGAUCAAGUCUCUUGUUUUCAGUGAUCAAGCCAGCUUCCAGAAAGGUGGCAGUGGUGAGGGCAGCUGUGGCACAAAGGCCAACACCCUAUCCGAUGUUCUACAUAGCAACAUUAUGUAUUUCUAAUGUGUCGUACUCUGUCUUUUUAUUUGACAUGCAAGUCAUACUUUUUUUCUUAAUGUCAAUUCAUAACUUCCACCAUUUCCAUCUUGGGCACCUUCAUUUUCACUAGCAGAGAAAAUUAUUUCAUUUCAUGGUAUUCAAGCAACCUACCUACUUCACUGCUUAUAUUCAGCAAGUCUUCUUCUCUCAUCUUCUUGCCGCUUCUGCUUUGUGACUCGUCUGUUAUGCUCAGGCAGAUCUGGCAAGACAGUCUGAUGUGGCCCAAUCAAACCAGUAUUCUCUCUCUGACCUUUAAUGAAAGCAAGUUCCUUCCCAGGGAUCUUCAUCUCCAUAGGGCAUGUACAGUUAACAUGAGCUUCUUUUUUGCAACCAGAAUCUGUAGGGCAGUCAAAUUCAGAGCAAAGAAAAAUCUUACACUUGCAAUUGAGGAUAUCAAAAAGCUUGUCAAGUUUUGACGUUUCGAUUUUUAUGCAAUUUCACAUAUAUAUUUUUCACUCUUAUAAGACAAGUCUAAAAUUAUUGGAAGUUUAUUAAAAAGGUCAAUAUUUUAUGUACUGUAGUUGUUUACUAUGCAAAACUAAAUUAUAUUAAUUUAACCAAAAUAGCUUUUGAAUUCCCAGGUGAUGUUAUAACUUUUUAGCACCCCUCAUUUUGGGAAUGUGAAAGUUGAAAAAAUAAACAUGCUCUAGUAGUCUAGUAUCCCAUUCUCACAGUGGCAGACCAGAUGCCUCAAUGGCAAACCCUCAAAGAGGAUCUGACCACAAGAGACCUCUCCCCUCUUGUUUCCAGAAACUGGUACCUUGGUUGUCAAACUUAAUCCGUCCCAGGAGUCUGUUUGACUCCUGGAACCAUUCAAAAACCAAGACGUGGCUUCCGAUUUGCUGCAGGAGCUUCCUGCACUCAGUCGUCAGAUGUGGAAGCUGCGUUGGACGUUUGGCUUCCGAAAAAUGUUCGCAAACUGGAACACUCACUUUUGGGUUUGUGGCAUUCGUACAAAUAUAAAGGCAUUCAAGAACUAAGGUACAACUGUAUUUGAAAACAUAGUUGCCUCCAGCUGUGGGGGGAGAGGAUAGCCAUUGUGGUAGCUUUACCCUCCUCCAUGAAUUUGUCUCACCCUCUUUUAAAGUAAUCCAAUUUGGUCGCCAUCACUGCCUUUUGUGGGAGUGACUUCCAUAGUUUAACUAUGUGUUGCAUAAAGAAAUUGUUUAUUUUGUAGCGAAGGUUCCUCUUACCUGCUUUAGGGGAAGUAUUUCCCCAUCUAGAACUGCCUAAACAGUCUUCUUGAGCAGACAAAGCACCUAUCAAUAGUGCCUCCAUCUUGUCCAGAUUGAAUUUCAGUUUAUUGGCCUUUGCCCAGCUUCUCACUGAUGUCAGACACCAGUUCAGCAUUUCCACUGCUUUACCUGACUUAGAUGAAAAUGAGAAGUAGAGUUUGGUGUCAUCUGUGUAUUGAUGAAACCCUUCUUUGCAAUCCCUGGAUGACCCCACAGUUUCAUGUAAACAUGGAAGAAGAUUGGGCUGGGAUGUGUGUGUAGAAGCAAGGCAGAGCCCUUCAGGACCUCUUAGUGCAAAUGUCAUGGAGCUCAAGAGCAGUCACCAGGCAUCUGAUUCUGAUGUGGAGACCCACCCAGAAGAGUACAAUGGUCAAAACCUUAUGAGAGAUCCAGAAGGACUAACAGGGUUACUCACCCUCUGUCCUCUUCCAUCAGUGUGACAGGCACUCUGAGAACCAAAAGCAGGCCUGAAACUGGAUUUAAAUGAGUCUAGAUUGGGCCCUUAAUCUCUGCAGGGAUAGAGGAACAAUUUGUGUGGUUGCCAAAAGAGGCUGAUCAAACUGCUUGGUUUCCAUAGGGCUCCUGGGCUUUCCUUGGCAGGUGAUCCUCUUGAAGUCCUAGUUGACCUCUGAAAUGGGGGUGGGGGUGGGGGAUGGCCCAGACAGUUGACACAGUUGUCCCUGAGCAUCCUUCCCUGCUUUUUACAGCCAAAUAAGCUUAAUUGUCCCAAUAAAAGAAGGAAACAAGAGAGACAACUGCUGGAGCAAUGUUGGAGGAAGACUUCCAUCUACAUGAGCCCAGGAGCAGCUCUCCCCUCCUGUGAUUGCCAGCAGCUGGUUUUCAGAGGUACAUUACCUCUGACAGUGGAGGUAGAAUGUAGCCAUUGUGGCUAGUAGCCAAUGAACUACAGCCUGGGUACUCUUUGUGCUUUGCUUUUCCUCUGCAAAGAGGUCACUCCUGGGAUCAAGUCAUGGCUGCUUCUUGAGGCCAGGCAGCUGCUUUUAGAUCUGGUCUUCUUUGGGGAUAAACUUAGGUUUUCAGCACAGUGGGUUAGGCAGCACAGCUCCAGGAACUUGGUAUAAGUGUUGGGAAGCAAGCGUUGUGUUGGUAUUAGCAAGCUUUGCUGUGAGAGUGUUGCUGCACGCUGGUAUCUCCAAAAGCAAAUGGAACAACUCAGAGAUUGCCAAAGAAUAGGAGGCCAACAGAAAUCGAUGCGUUUCAGCAACUGUGGCUGGAUGUUGCUGUGCCAAACUGGCCUAAAAGCUUUUGCUAAUGAGAGCUGUGAUCUCUGAGGGGAUCUCUGAGCUAUAGCUGAUGUCACCUAUCCUGGCCACAUGGUAGUUUGGCAGCCAAAGCAUAGCCGUUAGUCUCCCAGUUGUGCACAGUUGAUACUUGACUAAAAUCUGGUCACUGGCUUGUUUCUGGGACUGGAAUAGAUAACAGCACAAAAAAAGUGGAACAACCCUUUUAAAAACACACAAAUUGAAUUGUCUGUUCUCAGCAAAGUUGCAAGCAAAGUCUAAAUUUAGCCUUGAACAGCCAUCCUCUGCUUUUUCGUAAUUCACACCUGCAGAUGACUUUUGGUGGGCAAAUUCUUUCCUCCUUUGGAGGCGACUGUCACACUUGGGAGGUGCCUGGUUUGUGGUUGAGUGGCAGGAGGCAUUGGGAGAUCAGUGAUCCCAGUGGCCAAGUCCCUCUUGUUUCCCUGGCCUCCAACUACAUUCUCUUUCCCCCUGUCACCUGGUAAUGUUCUUUCUUUCUCUCUUUAGAUAGGCAGGCUUGAGCAGCCACCUCGCUAUGGGCACCUGGGAUGUCACCGUUAGGUGCUGUGUGCUACAUCAUGAGCAAAGCAGAGAAAUUGCCUGCUGAAUAUCUGCUUCCUUUUUUUGAUAGCAAGCUUCUAAGGCUCAUGGGGACAGAAGAAAGCUUAGAAAGUACAACUUAGUUGUAUCUGACUUAUUGCUUACAGGACAGAUAAAGCUGACCUCUGAAAAAAAAGGUUAUGUUUUGAGGCUGAUGCUCCUUACUGCUGUGGAAAGGGUCAAUCUUUGGUGACUCCAGAUGGUUAGUAUUUUUUUGGGGGGGGGCAAUGUUAGGACAUUUAGGUUUGUGCAACUGAAGUGGUUUUAAGCACAGCAAAUUAACUUUUUUUUAAAAAAGAUUACAAUGUGGACUUUUUGCAGGAAAAUGCAUUGUAAAGUGCAGGAGGAAUGAAGAAAGAUGUAUAUGCAUCCCACAAGGAAAAGGGGGAUAAAUUCAGGAUGAGUGCUCAUUGUGGGCUAACUGCCCUGCAAACAAGGAGGAAUGAAUGUUCAGAUUAGAUAUAAUCUAUUCUCCAUGCAAAUCUUCUGCAAGGAAACCAAGAUGAAUGUCCAAUAAAUAGGUUGUCUGGAGGUGUCCCUAUUACUCUUCCUCUGUGCUCUGCUUUGGAAGGCUUCAAAACCUUUCCCCCCACUCCAUUCCUUUGCCAACUUCCAGAUCCUUCUUGCAAUGUUAUCCAGGAGGGGGCAUUCCUAUGACUUUGCUGGGCUAUGUGCAAGGCAUGCAGCCUUCAACAAACUGGGACAUGCACACCGCCUCUUCUCUUUAGCUGUUUUGGGAAGCCUUGGAGUGAUGUUGAGAAUAAUGGCUACCAAGGGGCUCAGAGCUGGUGAAAAAUGUCCAUUAAAGAGGAUAUUAUCUGUCUUGGGGCUAAGCCCUCAACUGAUUGGGGGGAGUGGGGCAGCAGGCAGCUUCUAUUACAGAUGUUCUGCUUGCAUGACCAGAUUGUAGUGUCUGAUUUGCAGUGGCUGUGAUGUAGGAAGAUUAAUUUUAAUAAUGUGAUACAAAAGCAUCGUCAACCUAUGUGGGGGUUGUAGUUGUGAGUUGUGGGCAGGGAGGCUUGUUUUUUUUAAGGAUUACAGGUCCCACCACCCAUUGAGUUUAGUCCACUGGAAGGAAUUAUCUUGAGCUGGAUGAUCCAGGACUGUAAUACUUUUCCUUUGUCUCCUGUCUUGUUUUCCAGCAGCUGAUUGGGUGUGCCUCGGUGUUUGUAUUGCGUUCAGUCUUGUGAACAGGAUCAUAUCGCUGCUUAAGUGUGAAUUCCAGAGCAGCCAAUGAAAUGCCUUUGUGUUACUGUGUUGUGCUGGACUCUGCUCUCUGUGUGGUGGGUUAGAGGUCGGGUAACUCCGCAUAUUAUCCCUAUCUGGUAGCUGAGGGAGACUGAAUUAGCAUGAAUAUCCAUUUACCUGAAGUGGCCUUCAUUGGGCUGGUUUUGUGUUAAAAGAGCCUGAAAGGGCCACAUUUCAGGAAACAUACUUGAGUCCAGAAGCACUUCUAGGUUUGGAAAUUGAUUGCGUGGGUUGAAGUUGAAACAGGAACCCUGUUAGUCACCUGCAUUUCCUGCAGUAAGCAGGUCAGCAAAACAGUGUGUGCCUGCAUUUGGGGACCCCGACACCAUUUCCAUAAGCAGCAACAUGUGUGUCUGUGUCAGAGAGAGACCCCCCAUCAUACAUAUUUGUUACCUAAAACCCUGGACUACAUGCAUCAAACGUACAUUUGCCGCAUAAUUUGUGAAGCUGCCCAUAGCUAACUUUCUACUUCACAUACUCUUUAAAAUGCUGUUUUCCAAAGGGUCAGUGGAUAGUAGGAAGAAUGGAUGUCUCUUGCAACUUGCUGGGCGGUUGCUGUUGUGUCACUACAUAGGCAGCCUAGUCUGGAGCUUUGGAUUUCAGUUGUGUUUAUGAAUGGCCAGGCCAUUCUGUGGGGGCUGGCUCUUGCGUUUGCGGUACACGUGGGAAUCCCCACGUGAGAAAUUCACUGCUGGCCAAGUGUGAAAGGGGAGCAUGUGCCUACAUGCAUGGAGGCCAGGGCUGAAUGAGAGGCUGCUGAGAAAUGCAGAGAGAGAAGCAGCUUUGGGAGGAGAGGGAAGUGGCCGCUUUUCCAGACUUGGUGGGAAUCAGGUUUGCCUAACAAAGAGUUGCUAAUCUCUUGGGAUCUAUGUUAACCAUCUUAAGCCCAUGUAUUUUAGAAAGUACAGAAGGAGGAUAGAGAACGAUGGAUUACCUCAAAUUUAUGUGAGGUAUUCCAUCUCCUGAUAGCAUGGCUGGAAAGUAGAUUAGCACAUUGAGUUAUGGUGUAGCUUUUAAUCUUGGCAGCUGUCGAUGUUUAUCUCCAGGGGUCUCUAAACAUAGGUGCCAGUGGUGACCAAGGAAUUUGAUUCUGGCAACUGGUAGCAAAAGCCUCCAGUAAUAAGUCGCAUGAAUAACAAAUCUCUCUUUUAAAAAAUAAAUAAAUAAAUAAGAAGCCACUGUUAAUGCAGGAAAGCAGAGUUUGCUUUUUCUUAGGUGGCACCGGGCUAAGAUGUAGCAUCUCUGCCAGAGGUUGGAGGGAAGGGUUGCCCCACUUGCUGCCCCUGUUGUGCUCCCCCCCCAUGCAAACCUCUGGUCUCCCAUCCAAGUACUAACCAGGCCUGACCCUGCUUAGCUUCCGAGAUCAGACGAGAUAAGGCGCGUUCAGGGUAGUAUGGCUGUAGACAUGCAAACCUCUGGUAAUAAUGGGUAAUGACAAGAAUAUAGGCUUGCCUGUUGACUGUUUCCUCUCUUCUUGUUCCACAGAGGCUAUGUAGCUGACUACUAAUCCAGCUAGGAUUUAUGGGUCCAGUUUCACUUGGGGCAAGCAAAGAGAACAAUGCAUACAAUUAUUGGGGGGGGGGGGAUACUUAAAUUGCUUUUUGAAUAAAGGGAGCUUUUUUCCUCCAGAAGAGCUGUCAUAGUUAUUUGUGUACACUGUACAGGAAUUCUGCUGCCUUGCAAAAAGGGAAAGAGCCUUUCCUCAGGUAAUCCAUUAAUGAGAGCAAGACCAGUAGGUGUCAGGUCAACUGUCUCUUGGCUCUUCAGAAGCUUUUUCAAAGUGCUGCCUUUGCCAGACCCCUGUGGACCAAAAAAGCCACCUGAUGCCAGCUAAUUGACAAGUGCAAAGCCCCCACCUGUCUCAUUUGACCCCCUUGCUAGAUCCAGUCCCCCACCCCACACUGGGCUUCUCUUAUCUGCUUUGAUCAAAGGGAUGCAUGCAUUUAUCCUGCCCUGUAAGCAGCAUCUGUGUUCCCUUGGAGAGGGUGGAACUCUGGCCCUUCCAGAGGAAACAAACACUAUUUGGGUUCUCAAUUUCUCUUGUCUUGGAUGGAAGACAACUGGGGAUUUAAUAGGGAUGCCUCACCUCCCUCUGGAAGAACUUACUGACCCAGAGAGCAACAUCUUUCCCUGCUAGCUGGUCUUAGAGAAGGACAAAAAUUCACCCAACUGCAGUUUUCCUUGAGCUGAAACACAACAGUGUCAUCUGGUGGUGACAUAUAUAUUCAUUUUUGCUCCGUUGCGGAGAGCUGUGAGGGUGGGUGUUUUCUAGGGGUUUGGUGCAGCUGCUGAGCUGCUCUGCUGCUUCUCCACAGAGCAUCGUUUCCAAGAAUGCCAUGCAGUAUCGAGGGAGCUCACAGCACGACGCUCAGGAGUUCCUCCUCUGGCUUCUGGACCGAGUUCACGAGGACCUCAACAACAUAGUGAAGAACAAUGGCAGACCUCUGAAGGUGAGGCACGUCUUCAGGGCAUGCUGGCAGUGGCCCAGGGAGUCCUCAGCUGACACUUUGCAUGCCUGUGCAUCUACUGCUCCAGAGGAGUCAGAUGUCGAAGGAGUUACGGGCCCAGAAAUACCUGGAUGAGUCCCAUCUUGCCACUGAAGUCCCAGGGCUGUGCUAAGUGCAUUCUGAGUGGAAAGUAUUCUGCAGCUCUUUCCAGAUGUGCAUAGGUUUCUUACUUGGGGGCAGAAUUUCUGCAUGUGUGCAUGCUCACAGAAUUCUGGCUGUGGAGAUGUGUGAACACAAACCAGAUAGUUGCCACCCUGAGCAUUUUGCAGAAGCAGAUAGUUUGCUUCCUCCUGUGCUUAGCUCUGUCCUCUGCCCACCAUAGCGUGUGAUUCCCCCAGCACAUGGCUGAACACCUUCCUUACAAAAUGCUUUUUUUUCUUCCAGCCGCCUUUGGAAGAUGAAGUGCUGAUUGAAGGACCUGCAUUUCCAAUCAAUAGCACUUUUGUCCAGGAACUCUUUCAGGCCCAAUACAGGUAUGGCGCCCCUUGCCUGGCUGUCAGCAUCACUUUGCUCUGUGUCUGGUUUGCCAGGGGCAGAGACACUCGCAGGGCUCCUGGGACUAGGAGGAAGCCUCUUUGUUCUUUACGGAGCAUAACCACCUUCUGGGAUGAACAUCUGUUUCAUUCCCUGAUUCAGCCUGCCCGCCCUGGGGUUUGUGAGUUGGGUGCUUUUCCUUGGGGCUGAGAAACAAGGUCUUGGGGCAGCCGGUGUGGGGCUCAGCUUUCCAGUGUGGCCUCUAGGGCCCAGUUCUCAACAGCUGAGGAGGUGAAUCUGUUUCUCAGCUGCCAUGUGAUUUAAUGCUUCUUCAAUGAAAAGUGAAUAAAUCUCUGCACCCGGAAGAAUAGCUUGUCGGAGAGAAGGCAUGACUACAAACCUACCUGACAUCUUUCUUUCUUUUUUAAUAUUGGGUGGAAGAGCAUAUUCACCUUAUGGGAGCCAGAUCUUAAUCUUGCUCAUUGCAAGAGGUGGAGGUGGGGGAAUGGAAGGACCAGUGAUAUCGUCACAUUUUGCUUGAAUGCUGUGUUUUUUCCAGGCUCUAAUUGCAAGGGAAUUUGGGAGUUGGGUGGCCUCUGAUUAUCCCUUCUGUGGAGAGGGGGGCUGCUGUACUGUGUCCUAAAUGAGGCUUCUGUUCCCUUGUUGUCUGGCAGGUCAUCCUUGACGUGUCCUCAUUGCCAGAAGCAGAGUAAUACCUUUGACCCGUUCCUGUGCAUCUCUCUGCCAAUCCCCCUGCCUCACACACGGUAUGUGUCCAUUGCCAUGGGAAAAGGAGCGGGGAGGAAGAGUGUACCUUGCUCACUCAUUGGCGCUUUCCUGCACACCAGGGAUGUGGAACCUCUGGUUCAGGUGGCCAAAUUAUUUCCUGUAUAGCUCACAGAUUCUUUAAUAGUCUUGAGGACCCACAGUUAAAUUUGGGGGUGAGGGUGGGGAAGGAACCCUCACUGUUUAAAUGUGGAUUGAGCUCAAGCUAUAGCAAUAUACUGCAAAUCUGCUGCUUGGUGCUGAGCAAGCAAGCAAGGGAGGGGUGUUUCCAGUUCCCCUUCCCUGCUGUCCUCGAACCCUUAUAAGAAUCUGCUGCAGGAGAGGGACUGUGAGCAACAUCAGGGCAUCUGGUAUUUCUAGGACCAGGGUGAAACUCUGGUUUUUGCCAUUGGAUGCUGGAUGUUGUUUACAUAACCUUGUUAUAUUUAUAAUAGUGAAAAGUGUUUCUUUUUUGUAUGUAAUUAAAUUUGCUGUUGUGGUGUUUUGCUUUGUUACUAUGAAAUUGUUUUGCCCUCUUUGGUUUUAAAGUGCUUUCCUGUUUUCUUUGUUGGAAGCCGCUUUGAGUAUCAUUUUUGGUGUGUGUGGAAAAGCGGCAUAUGAAUGAAUGAAUAAGCUAAAGUUCUUGCAGCCUGUGGAGAGUGAGCUGCAGCUGGGCCCAGAAUGUCCAUGUGUGCAUUAGUCCUGUUCCACCCCACUCACCUUGCUGAACCUUAGCAGAUUUGCCUCCUCGUCCAACUCCCAAAUGUCUGCCCUCCAAAAAGAUGUGCCCUUGUUGUCCUCUCUGCAGGCCGUUGUACAUCACAGUGGUGUACCGAGGGAAGUGCUCCCACUGCAUGCGCAUCGGGGUGGCUGUGCCUCUGUCUGGAACAGUGGCGCGACUGAGAGAAGCUGUGUCCAGGGAAACCAAAAUCCCCACCAAACAGGUGAAUGUUGGUCCUGCCAGACAUCAGGGUUGAGGACAUUGGGGCUGAUUCUUGCAGCUGUGCCACACUCACUGUUCAGCAUCCAGUGACCUAAAAAUGUACCAAAUACCUCUUCCUGUGCAGUGUUUACGAUGCGUGGCUGAGGGUGGUGGCUGAGGGUGUCUCAGUGAUCCCUUUUAUUUCUGCAUGAUUGUAGAAACCCUCAAAGUGACUGGAUCCAGUUUCCCACCCCUGAGUGGAAGGAUUUUGGGAAGCUGGGAAAAGCUAGGCGGGCUCUGGGCACCUUGUAUUAUUUUGAUCUAUCCAGGGGGUGUAUGUAGCAUUUGGGAGUCUUGCUACUUGGCCUCGGCAAUGCUGCAACACAGGUACUUAUUACAUUCUGGCCUCCUGCAGAUCGUGCUCACUGAGAUGUACUAUGAUGGGUUCCACCGCUCCUUCUCUGAUUUGGAUGACCUCGACACAGUGCAGGAGAGCGACUGCAUCUUUGCCUUUGAGACCCCGGAAAUCUACCGGCCCGAGGGGAUCCUAAGCCAGAGAGGUAUGUUGGGCUGCUAGGCCAUCUGUCUGGCAUCUGCCUGAUUCCUGCAAGAGUUUUCCUUUUGCCUCCCAACCUUUCCGGAGAUGUUUAACAUGACUGCUCUUGGAAGGGAAGAAAAAACCUUGUUAAGUUGUGCUUUCCCCACUCCCCCGUGUUACUUCUGUUCCACGUAGGCUGAGAAAAGGCCACCUAAGAGCACGAAACAUUUACCAGUGACCUCCAUGUUAUCUGGACUUGGCCAUCAGAUGGCUUCACCAGAUGUGCCCCUGUAUCCCUCUCUGCGGCGUGUUGACCAUGAAGUCUCUUCUUCACUCUCUUUCAGGAAUCCACGUGAACAGCAAUCUGAAUCACUUGAAAUAUGGCCUUGACCAUCCUCGGGCAGCUCCGUAUACCCAAGGGAGGCUGGAGAACUCCAAUACCAGGGUGGCGGCGGCAGCGGCGGCGGUAGCAAGCGAUAAGCUGGUGGUGUUGGUUUGCAACCGGGCUUGUACUGGACAGCAGGGGAAGAGGUAACCGUUGCCUCGCAGGCAAGAGGCCCCCUCUAGUUCUGGUUUUGAGAGGUGUGCAGUGAACUCUGCAAUUGUUUUAUUUCGGCUUUUGCUUAUUUAACCUGGCUUUUUAAAUACUCUUUUCUACAGUAUCAAUUUUUAAACAGUACCAUAAUAAUUAAAAAGUUGAAUCUCUUUUGUUUUUGAUGUUGUAAUUCACUUUGGGCUAUCAGAUUAAAGUGACCUCUGUCAGAUCAACAGCCGAAUUAUGAGUCUGUCUAGAAUCAUUUUCCUUGUUCCCAUGGCGAGCCAAGAAGGAUAAAGGGUGUCACUUGCACCCUGCUGGUGGUCUGAUUGUGCUCCAACAUAAAACUUUUUAGACCACAUUGCAGGGAUCUCUCAUCAAUUGUAUUGAAGUCUUGUUUCUUUCUGGGCUCAGUUCGAGGUGCCUCCCUGUAAAGCCCUACAUUGUUUGGUGUUGUUUGUUUGUAAAGUUUGUAAAGUUUACUUAUCUAUUUAUUUCAUUUUCUAAUGUAUAUAAAACAAAGAGAACAAUUAAACAGAUGAGAAUUAAAAGAUGAAAAACAACACUGCACAUGGGUUAAAACAUGGGUAGGCAUACUAAGGCCCAGGGGCCGGAUCUGGCCCAAUCGCCUUCUAAAUCCGGCCUGCAGAUGGUCUGGGAAUCAGUGUGUUUUUACAUGAGUAGAAUGUGUGCUUUUAUUUAAAAUACAUCUCUGGGUUAUUGGUGGGGCAUAGGAAUUUGUUCAUUCCCCCCCCCAAAAAAAAUAUAGUCCGGCCUCCCACAAGGUCUGAGGGACAGUGGACCAGCCCCCUGCUGAAAAAGUUUGCUGACCCCUGGGUUAAAAUAACAAAAACCAAAUAAAGACUACCAUGAACGUUGGAUUAUUUUGAUUGUUGUUAGCCGCCCUGAGCCCAGCCUCAGCUGGGGAGGGCGGGAUAUAAAUAAAAUGUAUUACUAUUAUUAUUACCAGUAUUAUCAGAUUAUCAAGUACAGUUCUAGAUUUGCCAAGGUUGUGACGAGGGCUGUCUUGAAAAUGAUGGUUCCACUGCAUAUGUUAUAAAGGAAUGCCAAAACAUUUAAAAGCAAUUUUGUUGUUGUUGUUUAGUCGUUUAGUCGUGUCCGACUCUUCGUGACCCCAUGGACCAGAGCACGCCAGGCACUCCUGUCUUCCACUGCCUCCCGCAGUUUGGUCAGACUCAUGUUUGUGGCUUCGAGAACACUGUCCAACCAUCUUGUCCUCUGUCGUCCCCUUCUCCUUGUGCCCUUAAUCUUUCCCAACAUCAGGGUCUUUUCCAGGGAGUCUUCUCUUCUCAUGAGGUGGCCAAAGUAUUGGAGCCUCAGCUUCAGGAUCUGUCCUUCCAGUGAGCACUCAGGGCUGAUUUCCUUAAGAAUGGAGAGGUUUGAUCUUCUUGCAGUCCAUGGGACUCUCAAGAGUCUCCUCCAGCACCAUAAUUCAAACGCAUCAAUUCUUCGGCGAUCAGCCUUCUUUAUGGUCCAGCUCUCACUUCCAUACAUCACUACUGGGAAAACCAUGGCUUUAACUAUACGGACCUUUGUUGGCAAGGUGAUGUUUCUGCUUUUUAAUAUGCUGUCUAGGUUUGCCAUCGCCUUUCUCCCAAGGAGCAGGCGUCUUUUAAUUUCGUGACUGCUGUCACCAUCUGCAGUGAUCAUGGAGCCCAAGAAAGUAAAAUCUCUCACUGCCUCCAUUUCUUCCCCUUCUAUUUGCCAGGAGGUGAUGGGCCCAGUGGCCAUGAUCUUCCUUUUUUUGAUGUUGAGCUUCAGACCAGAUUUUGCACUCUCCUCUUUCACCCCCAUUAAAAGGUUCUUUAAUUCCUCUUCACUUUCUGCCAUCAAGGUUGUAUCAUCUGCAUAUCUGAGGUUGUUGAUAUUUCUUCCGGCGAUCUUAAUUCCGGCUUGGGAUUCAUCCAGCCCAGCCUUUCGCAUGAUGAAUUCUGCGUGUAAGUUAAAUAAGCAGGGAGACAAUAUACAGCCUUGCCGUACUCCUUUCCCAAUUUUGAACCAAUCAGUUGUUCCAUAUCCAGUUCUAACUCUAGCUUCUUGCCCCACAUAGAGAUUUCUCAGGAGACAGAUGAGGUGAUCAGGCACUCCCAUUUCUUUAAGAACUUGCCAUAGUUUGCUGUGGUCGACACAGUCAAAGGCUUUUGCAUAGUCAAUGAAGCAGAAGUAUAUGUCUUUCUGGAACUCUCUAGCUUUCUCCAUAAUCCAGCGCAUGUUUGCAAUUUGGUCUCUGGUUCCUCUGCCCCUUCGAAAUCCAGCUUGCACUUCUGGAAGUUCUCGGUCCACAUACUGCUUAAGCCUGCCUUGUAGAAUUUUAAGCAUAACCUUGCUAGCGUGUGAAAUGAGUGCAAUUGUGCGGUAGUUAGAGCAUUCUUUGACACUGCCCUUCUUGGGGAUUGGGAUGUAGACUGAUCUUCUCCAAUCCUCUGGCCACUGCUGAGUUUUCCAAAUUUGCUGGCAUAUUGAGUGUAGCACCUUAACAGCAUCAUCUUUUAAAAUUUUAAAUAGUUCAGCUGGAAUAUCAUCACUUCCACUGGCCUUGUUAUUAGCAGUGCUUUCUAAGGCCCAUUUGACUUCACUCUCCAGGAUGUCUGGCUCAAGGUCAGCAACCACACUACCUGGGGUAUACGAGACAUCCAUUUCUUUCUGGUAUAGUUCCUCUGUGUAUUCUUGCCACCUCUUCUUGAUGUCUUCUGCUUCUGUUAGGUCCUUUCCACUUUUGUCUUUUAUUAUGGUAAUCUUUGUACGAAAUGUUCCUUUCAUAUCUCCAAUUUUCUUGAACAGAUCUCUGGUUUUUCCCAUUCUAUUGUUUUCCUCUAUUUCUUUGCAUUGCUCUGUGGCCAUUGCCUUGCCGUGGCGAAGGGGCUUGAAUAACUCAGAGAAGCUAUGAGCUAUGCCGUGCAGGGCCACCCAAGAUGGACAGGUCAUAGUGGAGAGUUUUGACCAAACGUGAUCCACCUGGAGCAGGAACUGGCAAGCCACUCCAGUAUCCCUGCCAAGAAAACUCCAUGGACAAAGACAACAGGCAUAUGAAAGUUAUGACGCUGGAAGAUGAGCCCCUCAGGUCGGAAGGCGUCCAACAUGCUACUGAGGAAGAGCGGAGGACAAGUACAAGUAGAUUCAGAGCUGAUGAAGCGGCUGGGCCAAAGCCGAAAGGACGCUCAGUUGCGGAUAUGCCUGGAAGCGAAAGGAAAGUCCAAUGCUGUAAUGAAAAAUAUUGCAUUGGAACCUGGAAUGUAAGAACCAUGAACCUGGGUAAGUUGGAUGUGGUCAAAAAUGAGAUGGCAAGAAUAAAUAUUGACAUCCUGGGCAUCAGUGAACUAAAAUGGACGGGAAUGGGCGAAUUCAGUUCGGAUGACCAUCAUAUCUACUACUGUGGGCAAGAAUCCCGUAAAAGAAAUGGAGUGGCCCUCAUAGUCAACAAAAGAGUGGCGAAAGCUGUACUGGGAUGCAAUCUCAAAAAUGAUAGAAUGAUCUCGAUACGAAUCCAAGGCAGACCUUUUAACAUCACAGUAAUCCAAGUUUAUGCACCAACCACUGGUGCUGAAGAAACUGAAAUUGAGCAAUUCUAUGAAGACUUACAACACCUUAUAGAAAUGAAACCAAAGAAGGAGAUUCUUCUCAUCAUAGGGGAUUGGAAUGGUAAAGUAGGGAGUCAAGAGAUAAAAGGAACAACUGGCAAGUUUGGCCUUGGAGUUCAAAACGAAGCAGGGCAAAGGCUAAUAGAGUUCUGCCAAGAGAACAAGCUGGUCAUCACAAACACUCUUUUCCAACAACACAAGAGACGACUCUACACAUGGACAUCACCAGAUGGGCAGCAUCGAAAUCAGAUUGAUUAUAUUCUCUGCAGCCAAAGAUGGAGAAGCUCUAUACAGUCAGCAAAAACAAGACCUGGAGCUGAUUGUGGCUCAGAUCAUCAGCUUCUUAUAGCAAAAUUCAAGCUUAAACUGAAGAAAGUAGGAAAAACCACUGGGCCGGUAAGAUACAAUCUAAGUCAAAUCCCUUAUGAAUACACAGUGGAAGUGAGGAACAGGUUUAAGGAUUUAGAUUUGCUGGACAGAGUGCCUGAAGAACUAUGGAUGGAGGCUCGUAACAUUAUACAGGAGGCAGCAACUAAAACCAUCCCAACGAAAAGGAAAUGCAAGAAAGCAAAGUGGCUGUCCAACGAGGCCUUACAAAUAGCGGGGGAGAGAAGGCAAGCAAAAUGCGAGGGAGAUAGUGAAAGAUACAGGAAAUUAAAAGCAAUAUAGAGUACAAUUUAGAAACUAAUCCAUUUCUCCCUCUACCCAUUGUGUUUAAUAAAUUUCCAAAUUCUGUUAAGGGCUUUGGAACUUAUGUUUUUACAUGUACUUCUAUAAUAAAGCUAUACAUUAGAUUAAAAUAAAGCCAGUUUGUGUUAAGGUUUGACAAAGUUAAUUUUAUUUGGUUAAUAGAUAUGUUGUUUACAAGAAUUGUAUACCAAUAAUGUGUCUAAACUCAAGCCCUAAACUUAAGACCGAGAUAGUGGAAAGAUUUACCUCCUCCUGUAUGAAGCUGCCUACAGGUAGAAUUCAUCUUUUGAGACCCUGUUUUGUAUCCCACCAUCAAAGGAGGCUUAAUUGGUGGGAACAAAAGACGGAGCCUUUUCUGUGUCUCCUCUGAGUAGGCCUAAUGUUGGCUGUAACCCCAGUAUUUCCCCCCUCAGUGUGAUGACAGCCCUUCAGGGAUUUGAAGAGAGCUUCAGAAACCUGGAUGAGCCUUUUCUCUGGGCUAAAUGUACAUAGUUCCUCUGGCCAUAUGUUUACAAAUAAAUAUAAAGGUGAUAGCUUCCCUCCCAACUGAAAUUAGACAGGCAGCCUCUUUGCUGAACAAAGACUUUCUUAUUCCAGCAGGCUUAUUAAGGUUUCUGUUUGGCUUCAUACAAUUCUUUGAUUAACUUCUAUUGCUUUAUUCUCUGCUGUUUAUUUUUUAUGUGCUCUGCUUAGAAAUGCUAACGAUUAAGCGGCAUAGAAAUGCCUUAAGUAAAUAAAAUUUUAAAUGGUGGGAGUCAGCAAGAGCUGCUGGUCCCUUCAUGGCCUUGCUCUUAUCUGCAGAUUUGGCCAGCCCUUUGUGCUCCAUCUGGAGAAGACGAUUCCUUGGGACCUACUGCAGAAGGAGAUCCUGGAGAAGAUGCAGUAUUACCUGCGGCCCUCAGCCUGUGUCCAGGUAAGGCUGCCUGGAACUGGGCCCUCUUUACACCUUGCUUUGUUUUUCAGCAUGUGUAUGUGCAUUUGAGAGCUGCUGCUGUAAAAAGCCAGUCUAAUUGUGGUGCUAAGUAAAUAGCAAUAUCGCUGCUUACAUUGCUGGCUGCUCAAUAAACUCAUUGUCAAGAGUGCAGCUGGUAGUGCCUUGUGAAGUUCCUACUCCUCUUGCUUUCCAUCUGCUGGAGAGCAAAGAGAGGAAGAGAAAACUCCCCACUCAGGGUGGAUGAGCCAGGCUGAUGAUAUGUUUUUUCUGGCCCAUGUUGCACUGGAGGAGCAUGUGCCAAAGGGCAGGUGGGCACACCUGUUGGGGAAAGGGAAAGCCAGCUGUGUGCCCACCUAGGAGUCUCUUUUCCUACCUGUCCUCUCCUCACCAUCUCCCCCUCGCAACUGCUCUUCUCAUUUCCCCUGCCAUGUAGGUUUGUCCGUUCAGCUUGCGAGUGGUCAGCGCUGUGGGCAUAACUUACCUGUUACCUCAGGAAGAGAGGCCUCUGUGCCACCUAAUGGUGGAGCGGUGAGUGUGGUUUCCUUGUUUGUGAAGGAUACGGGGCCUCAGGCCUUAUGGAUUUGCUUAUUUUACUGGGGUGGGGAAGGGGACGGCAUCUCACCUGCCGAGAGCCGCUUCAGUCUAGCAGGCACCAAUGGAGCUUCUGGGCUCUUCUGCAGGCCUCGCUUCUCCUAGAAGCUGGCUGCUCUCAAGCCGUUUCUGCCUGGAUUGCUGCUUGUCCUGGAGAGAGAACCAUAGAAUUGUAGAGUUGGAAGGGUCAUCUAGUCCAAGGGAUAUUUUGCCCAACAUGGGGCUCAAACCCACAACCCUGCGAUUCAUAGUCUCAUGCUCUAUCACGAAGGAGCAGAAUAAACUAGAGGGAAGCUUUCCUGUGAUGUCAUCUCUUGAACUGUUCCUAUGGAGUGGCUAUUGCUUCUUUAGUAGGCUGGUAAAGGUGGCACCCUUUGGUCUGAAGGAGAAGCCCCUGAACUCAGCUGGUUCCUGUUGUGGGGGAUCUUGAUGGGUUUGGCAGGUUCUUUAUGGGGGUGAGAGUUAGAGAGAAAGAAAGAUGCUUGUGACUAGCUUACGCACUGCUGCUUUUUGAAAGACUUUGAGUGAUUGUGGUGUGUUUUCUGCAGGGCCCUGAAGUCAUGUGGGCAAGGCGGAACUCCUCACGUGAAGCUGGUUGUGGAGUGGGACAAGGAGACAAAAGACUAGUAAGCAUCAUGUUCCAUUUGGGACUUUGGGGUGGGCUCCUGGCAGGCUGUGGUUUGAAACUCCCUUUCCCACAUGACUGCUGCUCUAGGGACUUCCUGCUGCUCUAGGUUUGCCUAAGCAGGUUCUCAUGUGUGUGCUUAGUUGCUUCCCAGAACAGGGCUGGGCAUUCCUCAAAGCUUGUGGGAUGCACUUUUACCAUAACCCUGAGUUUGUUCAACAUGAGCCGAGUGCAGAAGGCAUCCUCUGCAAAAGAUAGAACUCUGAGGCGAGGAAUUUUUUAUUGCUUGUAUGUUUUUACAACAUAGCGGAACUGAACAGAACUCACAGUCUCUCUACAUGCAAAUCCACUCAUGGUUCCUCCAAGUUCUCGUCAUGUAUGUAGUAUUAAUUGGGGUAAGGAGUCAUUUUGCUGCUGCUAUUGUUAAACAGUGGAGUCAGAAACCUUUUCUGAUCUAAUUGCCUGGGGAUUUCACGGUAAAUUCCGAUCUAUCUUCUGCACACUCAGUAGAUUAAUUUACAAGCUGCCAGUCACCUGCCCAAGAGUGCUUCCCAAGAAGGUUGGCAGGCAGCCUCACCCCACUUGUGUGUUUUGCUAGUCGGCCUGCAAGCACAGGAAUUGUUAAAUGCUGCAUUUCCUUGUUGCAGUUUGUUCGUCAACACAGAGGAUGAAUAUAUCCCGGAUGCUGAGAGUGUCCGCCAGCAGAGGGAGCUCCACCACCAGCCUCAGUCCUGCACCUUAUCACAGUGUUUCCAGCUCUACACCAAAGAGGAACAGGUGAGAGAUUCAGGGACCUGUCAGUAGCAGCACAGGAAGCAGUCUUAUACCGAGUUGGACCCAUUCAGCUCGGCAUUGUCUAUGCUGGUUAGCAGCAGCUAUCCAGGGUUUCAGGCAGGGGUAUCUCCCAGCCUUCUUUGGAGAUGCUGCUACUGGAGAUUGAACCUGGGAUAUCUGUGUACUAAGCAGGUGCUCUACUGUUAUGGCUCUUCCCCAAAUAUCCCUUCCUGGAUAUGGCCAGGAGGUCCCUCGUUGCGUCAUGAGUGGUCAGAGAGACCCUCGUAGUUCUGUGUGCCUUCAAAGGCUGCCUCUUCCAUGUGUGAUUGGUCUGCUUUGGCUUUUUGUCUCCUAAAAGUGUGGCAGGCACAUGUUGGGCUGGGAGCUGGUCAUGGCACAGCUGCGUUGCCUGCUGUUGUUCAUUGUAUAAAACACACAGUUGUCUCAUAGGAAUACUUGUGGAAUACAACUAGAAUGGAGUAUAUUGAGGCGAUAACUAAACAUGUUGCUGUGGGGUCUUAUGAUGCAGGGCAAGAAGCAUUUCUUAUGUUUAUCUUCUUCCUUUAUAAAGAGUGGAUGUUCAUGGCAUAUGCCAGGGGUGUGUGUGUGCGUGUGCGUGUGUGUGUGUGCCUAUCUGUCUAAUAGCACCCUCCUCUCUUUGCUGCUAGCUGGCCCCGGACGAUGCAUGGCGUUGCCCCCACUGUAAGCAGCUGCAGCAAGGAAGCAUCACGCUGAGCCUUUGGACUUUGCCUGACGUCCUCAUCAUUCACCUGAAGCGCUUUCGACAGGUGAAAGGAGGCUUGCUUGCUGGGCUGGAGGGAACUCAGGAGCCAGGGCUCUGCUUGGAUUACUGCAGUGGCCCAGUGAUUCCUUAGUCAUGUGGGCUGUUUUCAUGCAGGGGCAUUGUGGCUUCCUCCGCUGUGAGGAGAGCCCUGUCUGAUCAACUAAGAGGGCCAGCCUUGCAGGUGCUGAACUCCUCCUCUUUGGCAUGGUUUCAUUCUUGCCUUUGCCCAAGCAGCCUCUGGGGCUGGAGGGGAGUUGUGUGUGCUCGGUGCUGAUGUGGCGCCUCCAGCACCACACUUCUCUGUGCUGGUUGCAACCUGCAUUUCCCCUUUAAACAGGAAGGAGACAGAAGGAUGAAGCUUCAGAACAUGGUCAGGUUCCCUCUGAUUGGCCUGGACAUGACGCCGCAUGUGGUCAAGAGAAGCCAGAGCAGCUGGAGCCUGCCGUCUCACUGGUCCCCCUGGAGGCGCCCUUACGGCCUGGGAAGAGACCCAGAAGACUUCGUCUACGACUUGUAUGCUGUGUGCAAUCACCAUGGCACCAUGCAGGGCGGGCACUACACAGGUGACUGGGCUGCGCUGCCGGUUUGGGCUCUGCUCACUGCCAUGCUGCUCCUGCCUUGCACCCUCCAUGACUUGCUCUGCUGACAAGGAUGUUAACAAGUGGGCAGAUGGCCAAUGGCUCAGAAUGCCUUUGCCUGCUCAGCUGAGCCUCUCCAGCAGCCCCCCUCUCGUAGUGGUGGUGCACUUCCUUAAGGGUCUUUUUACAUGGUGGCCUUAGGGGGCAAAACAUGCUGCCCCCCCCAGCCCUCAGCACAGUCUAGCAGUUUAAUUCUUUCCUAUUUUUUGGGGGGUGGUGGGGUCUUAAGAGAGCCAUGACUGGGCAACAGAGACCCCGGCAUGUUCCGGCUGCUGGCCCAGCAGGGCUCCCUCGUGCUCACCUCCCCCCUAACUAACUCUGGCACCUUCUCUCGCAGCCUAUUGCAAGAACUCCAUCGAUGGCCUGUGGUACUGCUUUGACGACAGUGAGGUUCAGCAGCUGGCUGAGAACGAGGUGUGCAAGCAGACGGCUUACAUCCUCUUCUACCAGAGGCGGACAGCCAUUCCCUCCUGGUCGGCCAACAGCUCUGUGGCAGGUAAUGGCCUGGAGUAGCAGCUAGUUUUGUAGCUUCCACAGAAACACCAGAAGAGCCUGGUGGCAACUGGGCCAGGCCCAAGAGGGCCCACCUGUAUCCCACUGUGGCCAACCAGGUGCCUUCCCUGAGAAGGGUCCACAGGCAAGAGCAAGAGGACACCAGGGAAAGAUGUCCUCUCCUGCUGCUGGAAACUGGGGUUCUGGUUCUGAAGGUAGCUAUGGAGACUAGUAGCCAUAUUGGUAGCCUCAUUCUCCUCCAUGAAUUUGUCCAAUCCCCACUUUAAAGGCAUCCAAGUUAGUGGCCAUCUUUUUCUCCUGUGGUAGAAAAUUCCAUAAUUUAGUUAUGUGCCGUGUGAAGAAAAAGUUGUUCUCUUGUUUGUACUGAAUCUCCCAACGUUCAUCUUGACUAAAGGACCCCCAUGGGUUCUAGUGUUAUGAUGAGAGGAAAGCUUCUUGCUACCCACUUCUUCCUCCUGCUUCCACAGGCUCCACCAGCUCCUCUUUGUGUGAGCACUGGGUGAGUCGACUCCCAGGCAGCAAGCAACCCAGCAUUGCCUCUGCGGCUUCCUCCCGGCGCACUUCCCUAGCCUCCCUCUCGGAGUCCGUGGAGCUCAUGGGAGAAAGGAGCGAAGAUGACGGUGAGUGGCUCUGCCACACCUCACUUUGAAUGUUGAUGGCAGGGGAGCCCUUGCAGAGCACUGGAUUCCUCCUCUGCAGCUCAGCCACCCUGAGGGUCACCAGCUUUGCCCGAGGGACUGUGAAGAGGGGUGCUGAGGCAGAAAAACCAGCAGCAACAGGGAAUUCCUUCCUCCAGAAAAUGAGCAGAAACCAGGGAGAAAGGGAUGUUGCUGGUAUUUUCAGGCCAUCGUCUUCACUGCCUUCUUUCUCUCCACAUCUCAGUGCUGGCAUGCGCUAGGUAUGUCUGUCCUCUGAUGUCUGAUGGGAGCAGGUAUCCUCUUCUGAGGAGUUUCCCUUUCUCUAGCUUCUACCCCUGGGUCAUCCUUGGCCUUGUAGUGUUCUGCUCAAAGCUGGGAGAGCAAUGAGAAUGUCUCCUGCAGAAUGAACAGCUUCCCAGCACCGUUCCUCAGAGGCUAGUGGGGAAGUUUCCUGUGACCUUUGUGCUAGCACAUCUGUCUCCUGCCAGCAAAUGAAAGAGGUGUGGACAGAAUUCUUGCUUUUCUGAAUUAUGGAUGCUGCAUUGGGCCCUUGGUAUUCAGUACACAGACGGGAGGAACUUACUCUAGAUUGAUGUUUUACCUUCUGAGAAUUGCUUUGGCUGCUGCUGCCACCCUCAGUUGUCCCCUGGCAGCAGGAUGUCCUUCAGGGGAGGGUCUCCUGAUUUCUCAGCCCAUGAAAGAGCUUUGAUAGGUUGGCAAGGAAGUUACCAUGUUGGCACAGUUUCCAGAGCGGGAGGUGUGUGUGUGUGUGUGUGUGUGUGUGUGUGUGUUUCAUUUGUUUUAAAAUGUGCACUCUGCUGUUCACUGCAUCUGGGUUGCAAAGCAGCUUGUGACAAAACACAGUAUGCAAAUUAAAACAUCGGAGAAUGAAAUGUGCUCCCGAAACAAACGCAUUGUAGCUUCUUGUAUGAAAUAGACAGAGCCACAGAAACUCAAUGUAUGAAAGCAAUUAUAAAAGCACGGGGGGGGGGGGCGGGAAUCAGUGAAAUGCGUUUUAGGAUGGCUUCCUUGCUUGUGCAUGUGUCCAUGCUCUGUUUGUGUAUUUGGCUACCAUGUUCCUCUGUGCUCCACAGGUGGCUUUUCCACCCGCCCCUUUGUGAGGAGUGUCCAGCGCCAGAGCCUGUCUUCCAGGUCCUCCGUGACCAGCCCCUUGGCCGUGAGCGAGAACGGGAUCCGCCCCUCGUGGUCGCUGUCAGCGAAGCUGCAGAUGCGCUCCAGCUCGCCUUCCCGCUUCUCUGGGGACUCUCCGGUUCACAGCUCGGCUUCCACCCUUGAGAGGAUUGGGGAGUCUGCGGACGACAAAGUCUCCACCUCAUGCUUUAGCAGCCUGAGGAGUCUCUCUGGAAGCCACAUUGAGUCCAGCGAGAGCAGCGGCCGGCAGGAGCACCCCACGGCAGGCAGAGCUCCCCUGGCAGUCAUGGAGGGCGUCUUCAGAGACGAAGUGCCCGGGCGAAAGCCAGGCUCGGGCACGGACUCCUACAGCAAGACUCUGUCGCAGGCAGACAGGAACUGCCCCGCCCUGGAUCCUUUCGAUAACAACAACCAGAUCGCUUUUGUUGACCAGAGUGAUUCUGUUGAGAGCUCUCCAGUCAAGGAGGGGAGAAGCUUCAGUGGAAUGUCCAAGGCAGACAGCAGCCCCCAAAAGGCAGCCCACCCCAAAGACACAUUGGAGUCAGACAGAAGCUCCAGGAAAGGCAGGACAGAUUCCCCAGUGUCCUGCCAACCGGCAGCCCCGCUCCUUCCCUCCAAGAGUUUGCCGAAGGGGUCCCGGACCAGGAGCAAGCUGAACUCUGGCCGGGCUAGUGGGCGGCACGGCUCUCCUGCCCCCUCUGGGCAGGGCAGGAAGGAGGCUGGCUCAAAGGGCCAAGAGGCUGCCAGUAACACCUCUGCUGAGCAUCAGAAGCAAAAACCUGCUUCCUCCUCUUCCUCCACCGCGACGAGAAGAAACUCCUCGGGGUCGUCCGUGCGGGGGCACAACACCCCCACGAGCAAAAACAGGACUUCGGAGCACAGCCUCAGCAGGGAGGGCUCCAAGCUCAGCCUCAGCUCAGACAAGGCUGGCGUUACCACCGGUUCGCGGACGGGCUCUCCGCGGAUCAGCCAGUCGCGGAGCGAGGGCAGGAGGCCGGACAGCAAGCACGUGCGCAGCUCCUCCAUGGCCAGUCUCCGUUCGCCCACCACAGGCGCCCCCCGUGCCAGCCUGAGGAGGGACAGCAAGUCGGAAGAAAAGGGACUUUCUUUCUUCAAGUCUGCCCUGCGCCAGAAGGAAAGCCGGAGGUCGGCCGACCUAGGCAAGACCACCAUGCUGUCGAAAAAGAUGGCGAGCAGCUCCUCCAAAGCUGCCAGCAAGAACUUGCUUGAGGAGAAGCUGGAGAAGAGUGGUGGUGGUGGUGGUGGUGGCGGCAGCGGCAGCCUCUCCCAGCCUCCGAAUGCCCUCCCCUCGAACGCCACCCCGGCUUCUGCAAAAGACAACCCCUCUCCUGCCAAACACUCGCUGCUCACGAACCGCAAAUCCAAGUCUUCCCAGCUGGAGGCCAACCCCCCGCAGUCGCCCAGCAGUGGCAAGCAGGCAGCCGACAAGGCCUUGCGCAAACUUCCUCCCAGCAUGCCCUCCUCUGCACGGCCGCCGCCAGCCUCUUCGAAAUCUCAGUGAUUGGCUGCUGCUGCUGCUACUGCUGCUGCUCUUCCUCCUCCUCCUCCUGCAAUCCAAUUGGGUUGGUUUCCUCCUUUGCUUCUUUUUGUUCAUGUGCCUAACGUGUUUGAAGAAAACUUGACUACUGUUCAAGCGCCUUUCGACUCCGCCAUCGUACCAAAUAACUACAGGCUGCCGCUGGUAUUUUGUAGCGGGCUUGUGGGGAGGGGGGGUGCUCGCCAAAGGACAUUGUCAUCAUCUUCUCUCUUCCCUCUGCCUCAACCCCACAGCAGAACUGCAGUCUGCACAGAAGCCUUCUUGGGGAGCCUUACCACUUUUCUCUCUGAAGAGGGACUCUGGAUUAUGUCAAUGGCCAGCUGUGUCCAUGUUGCAAAGCUACCGCUUCUGUCCCUUGCAGUGUGUGUGUGUCACUGAGCAGGCUGAAGCCUUGCUCUGUGAGCUGCAAAGGGAAACCGUGAAAAGCAAGACGAUCAUCCUGUUCUGCUGUGUGUCCCUCCUCCCCAGGCCAUGUCUCCUCCCCCGCCUUCUGCCCCCCCCCAGCACCCCAUUUCCCAAGCUUCUUAAAGGGCAAUAUUUCAACGCUAAUGUUAUUUCUCAGGUAAGCGCUCAGCCAGUACUGGAGGGAACAGAAGAUUCUGGAGGGAAAGGUGCAUUCUCUCUCAUAGAGGGGUGUAUGUGUGUACGUCAGAGAAGUCUGCUUUUAAGUGUGUCUGUCUGUUUCUGAUUUAUUUUUCCAUUCCAGCAGAUUUCUGUAUGUUUGGAAUUUUCAUUUUUUAAAAAAGUCUGUCCUGCUUGACUCUUAUCUGUUCAGAGGUGUCUUCUCGAAAGAGGGAGGGACCAGUUGGCAGCCUGGAAAUCAGCAGGUUGGGCCUGGAACUUCUGCAGAGUGGAAGAGGGUGGUUCAUGGAAUUGUAGAAUUGUAGAAUUGGAAUGGACCCAAAGGGUCUUUUAGUCUGACCUCCUGCCCUGCAGCAAUCGUCGCAUCACAGGUUAGGUGGAAGGAGGUUGUGUGUGUGUGAUGAGCAUAUUCUGUAGUCCGCAUGGAAGAAUGCUUGACUGCACACACACACAUUCUUUUUAUGGAGCUGUGGAUCAGUUGUUGCUGCACUCCAUGCUGGAGGAAGGAGGCAUUUAAGCUUUUGUAAGUCCUAGCUGGAACUAGGCUCCUGCUGCCCUUCCUCAAAUCCUUUGGUCCUGACUCUUCUUGCUCCUCAUCUGCCAUGUGGCUUUGGCAAUGAAUGGCCACUCUGAAGCCUUGGGAGGGGGGCACCUUUGUGCCUCACUGUUAGGCAAACUGUACAAUGACUCCCUCCAUGCACUCUUCCCUCCCUUGGCUCAUUGCUCUUAUUCCCAUGAUCUUUCAGUGGAUUUUAAGCUUACAGUGCCCACCUGCUUGUUGCCAUUUCUUUUGGCACAGGUGUGGGGAACCUUUGGCUUUCCAGAUUAUGCUGAGCUACAACUCCCUUCAGCCCCUAGCAAGUAUGACUGAACAGCUGGGGUGAUGGAAGUUGUAGUUCAGCAGUUUCUGAAGGCCCAGAGGUUCCCCACAUCUGCUUCAGCCCGAGUUGGCAGCCUGCUUGCCUCCUGCAGCCUUCGGCUUGAGCAGGGAACUUUGCAGAGGCGUCGCUGACAAGCUGUGCCUUUUGUCUUUUUUAAUGCCGGGCAGCAGAUGGGUUCCUUCCCUUGGCCAUGUCAUCUCAUUGAGGCAUGAAGCCUCUGCCUGUUUGAAGGUUUAGUUAACAAGACUUCAGCUCCUGAAUGCAGCAGCUCCUUCCAUGGUUUAUUAUUCCCUUUGCACUGCCUUGGGCUUGUCUUUGUUCAGCUGGGGCUGACACUGCCAUGGCCCUAAGUGGUAGAUCCUACUGCACAGCCAGGUUAUCAUCUCCUCCUCCUCACCUAGGAACAAAGGAUCUUGGGUCUUUGGGUCUGCUUCUGAGUGCCACGGGCAGCCUUGAAAGGUGGCAGGUAAGGCAUUCGUCUUAUACCUGGGUUGUGUUUCCAGUUGCUGAGCUGUGAACAGGUAGGCUGCAGCCCCAUGGGAACUGACACCUGGCAAAACCCCUCCUCACACUGCCUGCAGUUUGGCUGCUAUGGGGCAACAACACAUCUCCUCCUCACACUGCCCCCAACCCUUGUGCCCACCUGUAGGUUAAAACAGGAGCUUUUGUGUGCUCAGCUCUUAGGUUGCCAAGCUCACCCCCUUUGCUUUUAGAUGUUCCUCUUUCUCAAGUAGUGAGGCACUACAGUUAGAAGAAAAAUGUCUGGUUCCUGGAGAAAGGACUGUCUUGGGGGGUGACCUCAGCAUGUCCCAUAAAACAUGAUGGGCACCGGAUGCCUUAGGCCAGCCUUGGUGAAUAUGGCGCUGCUGCUGGGAUAUGGACCUUGACCCCUUCUCCUGCCCCACUGGCAGUGUGUGUGUUUAGUGGUACGUGUGGGGGUGAGCGAUUGCUUUCAUUGCCCUUUUGUCAAAGGGACCUUGCUAAGCUUUGUGGGGUUUCCUUUUUGUUCCUUUGUGGGGUUUCCUUUUUGUUCCUUUGGCCUGGGCCACUUCCUUGUGUUGGGCUGGUUGCCAGUUUUUCAUUGGCCAGCAGAUCUCCCCUCAUUUAGGAAGAGCUGCGACUCUCUGAUCUUCAGCAGACUUCUAGGCCCUUAGCGCUGUCUCUUCUUUUUUAAGAAAGGACACAAUUUCAUCUCCCUUGGCUUUAGAUCCAGGAGGACCGUGGGAUUAAAUUUAGGCCUCUCCUGACAUGCAGCUCUGCAGUUCUCUUUGGGAGUAGGGGUUGGUGGAGUAACUAAUUCAAGGCUCCCCUGAAUAGGGAGGAAAUUGAGCCCCCCUCCCUGCCUCCCCUGCACACCCAGCUCCAUUCAAAUGGCCCGAAAGCCUGUUUCUUCCUAAUUCCAUGAAUGACACCUAGUCACCCUUCUAGUUGCAGGAAGGUUGAGUUCUGCAUCUCAGAAGGCUUCCCAUCCUUUGGGGCUAGAUUUUUGGAGAGUGUUUAUAAUUAGUAUGCACAUUCUAAGCACAUAUCCAAGGGAUUGUAUUAUAGAGGCACCUUGGACUUCAUGUUGCUUGUACUUGGUGGGCGAGAUGGUGCCAACAGCCACUCUUUGUAGCCAUGGCAAAGCACCUCACUUUUAGCUUCUGUCUUUUCAGAUGUAUCUAUGGCUCAAUGCGACUGAGUUGGACUAAUCAUUUUAGGUAGAGAGUGAACCUCCAUGUUCCAGACACAUUUAACCUAGUUUUGUAGGCUCUUCUCUGCUUGGCAGUGCUGAAUUUCUUUAGCAUGGUUGACCACUUAUCUCUCUUGCCCCACUCCCCAAAAAGCCCACAAUGAAGGUAACAUGCAUGGCCCUUCCCUUUGCCCCCCCCGCUCACGCAUGACCAUGUUAACUAUGCAAGCAGCUAAAGCUAAGCUAAACCAGGCUGCCCCUGUCACUGCUGCUGCCCAACUGAUGCCCACCUAAGCUUGGACUGGAGCUCUCAGCCCACCCCUGGAGCAGCCUGAGGGCCGAAGGGUCCCAGUUUCUGGCACCCACAACCCUCUCCUUCGUACAGCUCUUUUGUUUACUGAUGUUUUUGGGGAGGGGGUACGGAAGUUACCUUGGAGUAUUUAAAAGGUUGCAGGUGAUUUCUCCCUGUUCUUUCUGAGGGUGCAUUUUUGUUUCCAGAUGUGAGCAACCUGCUGUUUUCAAAGGGGCUCCCAGCCAUUUGAGGGAUGCUGCUAGCAGCUGGCAGCCUCUUUAAGGAGCAGAUAUCUGUGAUGGCAGAAGGGCUCCUUCCCCACCAUAACACAGCUUCUCUGGAGCCAGCUUUUUGGGUGUGUGCGUGGUGGCAAAGCAGGACUCUCCAGUCCCCCUUAGUUUCGUGUUGGUGCAAGGAAGAGCUGGCUGCAGAGCUGGGAAGGUCUGAGAGGAACCUCCUCUGGUUUCUGGGAAUGAGGCCCCACGGAGCUUUGUUGCAAAGAGAGGCGUUGCUCCUUAAAUCGGCACCACCCACAGCUCCCAGGCAGCUCCUGCACAGGAGGAGGAAGGGGAGCAAGGGAAAGAGGAGGAGGUUUUUCCACCAUUCUGGAAGCUCUCAUCAGCAGUCAAGGAAGCGUUUUUGUUUUGAAAUGCCAGUUCAAAUCAUGUUAAGGGCAAUCCUCUUUUUGGCUUUGCUGUCAUUUGCCUGUUAAUCCGCAGCAACUUGUCAGGGGUCCAACAUUAUCUGCAGAAGCAACUGAAAUUUAGUUCUAAUCUGCGGUGAGAUGGAAGUACUACAUGGCUUUCCUUAAUUAUUAAAAAAGGUAAAAAAAACAAACCAAAAAUCCAUUAGCAUGCAGGGGGUUGGAUUUGACAGAAUGAAGGAUGAAAUGUAAAUUCCAACACCCACUUUUUUUUCCUUUUUACAAGCAUUAAGCCAACCUGAUUUGAAUGCUGGGUGCUGAAAUGGUUUGAUUGGGCCCAAAAUGAAUUCUCUGCAACACAGCACAUGGGGGCUGGUUGCAAGAGGCAAUUUGGAAAGUCUUCCCUCUUGCCUUUUCUAACUUCUUUUUUUUAUUAUUAAACUAAAUGUGGCACUUGCUGCAUUUGCAUCCUGGGCCCCCAGAACUGGAAGUGGUAUCCAGAGAAUUCAUUUCCUCGGCUGCUGCUCACCAGUCGUGCCUCGUCUCACCUUUGGCUAAAACUGAGUCUUCAGUGCCAUUCCAAAAACUGUGAGCCUCAAACACUGGACACGCUUUCCUGUCUGACAGCUGGAGUUGCAUGUUACAUCACAGGAUGCUUCCUUCCUCCUCUCUCUCUCUCUUUCUCUCUCACCCCCUUAUUCCUAUCAAGAAUUUCUAAGUUUUUUUAAAAACUGUACAGUACUCUGGGAGGGAGGCUGUGUCUCUUCUUGGGGUGGAACCAUUACUAUGUACCAUAAGAGGGUUUUAACUUAUUUGACGGCAAGUGCAUGAGACUGUGUCAAUGCCUUUUAUUUAUUUGUAUGCACUUUUAAUAUGCAGAAUUUAUAUUUUUAUGUUUUAAAAAAUCAUUUCCUGUCAGGAAGAAGAGUUUGGAUACAAGGUAUUGGAUGAUUUAAAAGUGGGAAAAUGUAAUAAAGUACAAUAAAUUUAUUACAGGGCA